AUGCCAUCGCACGACCGGCCGGCACUCGACCCACCCCCCAAAACGCUUUGUCUGCUGGCCGCACAUCGCUACGAUUCGCGCACAACCAUCUUCUCGCCGGAAGGUCGCCUGUACCAGGUCGAGUACGCCAUGGAGGCAAUCAGCCAUGCCGGUACAUGCUUGGGCAUCCUCACAUCGGAGGGCAUCAUCAUUGCCGCCGAACGCCGCGUCACUUCCAAGCUGCUCGAGCAGAAUUCUCUCAGCGAAAAGAUCUACAAGUUGAACGAUCACAUGGCGACAAGCGUUGCUGGUAUCACUGCCGACGCUAACAUUUUGAUCAACUGGAUGCGUCUUGAGGCGCAACGAUAUAUGCUCUCGUUCCAUGAGCCCAUCCCUUGCGAGCAAUUGGUUCAACGACUGUGCGACAUGAAGCAAAGCUACACUCAAUAUGGUGGUCUCCGACCUUUCGGCGUCUCUUUCCUGUACGCCGGCUGGGACCAGCACUUUGGCUUCCAACUUUAUCAAAGCGAUCCCAGCGGUAACUAUGGCGGCUGGAAGGCUACUUGCAUUGGUGCUGGCAGCCAAUCUGUGCAGUCGUUGCUGAAGCAAGAUUACAAGGAGGAGUUGACCCUCCAGCAAGCCAAGCUUUUGGCCAUCAAAGUUCUUAGCAAGACCUUGGACAGCACGACCCUUACAUCAGAAAAGCUCGAGUUUGCCACAAUCACACGCGAGGCAGGCUCCACCUACUUCCGCAUGCUGAAGGACAGCGAAAUUGACACCUUGCUGGCGCAGGGCAAGCUGGAGCGCGAGGAGGAGGAGAAGAAGAAGUUGCAAGAGUCCGGCGCCUCGACGUCUGGCACUGUCAAGGUUUGAGAGCGCGUCCGCCUUUUCCAAGUUGAUGUGGUCGAUAAUCCAACCAUGUAGCUUCUCCUUGUCAAGUCAUUCCUGUGCCACUCGUGCUUGUUUUCCUUGUUGUCGUUUUUUUUUGUCUUGUCUUUUUUUUUUUUUGUUGGGUGUUGUAACCAUGUGAAUGAAGAAAAAUCAGCUCA